UUGAAUUGAAUUGAAUUAAAAAUCAUGGACUGUUGAUGGAGAACAUUGAGAGGAUGAUGAGUGAAAACAGAGGAUCCUUCCUCACCUUCACUGAAGAGACCAGAGGACCACAGUGUGAACAGAUCAAACCAGAUUUAAACCUGGUUCUGUUUGGGAGGAGAGGAGCAGGGAAGACUUCAGCAGCCGAGAACAUUCUAGGUCUGUCAGUCAGCUCACAGCAGAGUGUUAGAAACCAGGCAGAGGUGUGUGGACGUCUGGUUUCUGUGGUGGAGCUGCCCGCCUUGUUUGAAAAAUGUCCGAAGGAAGUGAUGCAGGAAUCCUUCAGGAGUGUCUCCCUCUGUGAGCCUGAGGGCGUCCACGCCUUCAUCCUGGUUCUUCCUGUGGAUUCACUCACUGAUGAAGACAAAGGAGAGCUGCAGACCAUCCAGAAGGCCUUUGGCCCUCAGGUCAAAGACUUCACCAGGAUCCUGUUCACUGUGGACUCAGAUCCCAAAGAUCCAAAUGUUGUUAACUUUGUAGAAAAGAAUGAAGACAUCCAGAAAUUAUGUCAGAGCUGUGGAGGAAGAUACGACAUUCUCAACAUCAGGAACAAACGGCAGAUCUCAGAGCUGCUGGAGAACAUUCAGGUGGAAAAGAGUUAUUCAGAAAACACAUUUACACAGGCACAGAUGGAAAAAAACAUUGAACUGGAGGAAAAAGUGAGACAACUAAACAGACAGGAUCCAUGUGAAGAACAGCAGAGUCCAGAAAAUGUCAGGAUUGUUCUGAUCGGGAAGACCGGCAGUGGAAAAAGUUCUUCAGGAAACACCAUCCUGGGAAGAAAAGAGUUUACAUCUGGUUCAAGUUUAACUUCAGUCACCAGAGUUUGUCAGAAAGCUCAGGGUGAAGUGGACGGUCGUCCAGUUUCUGUGGUCGACACUCCUGGUCUGUUUGACACAAGUCUGUCAAACAAAGAGGUUUAUGAAGAGAUGGUGAAAUGCAUCAGCCUGCUGGCUCCAGGACCUCAUGUCUUCCUGCUGGUGAUCCAGAUCGGACGAUUGACACCAGAAGAAAUGGAAACACUGAAACUUAUCAAGGAAAGUUUUGGAAGAAAAUCUGAACAGUUCACCUUAAUUCUCUUCACAAGAGGAGAUGAUCUGCAACACGAUGACAAAACUAUUGAAGAUUAUAUUAAAGAGGAUAAAAAUUCCCUUCAGAACCUGAUCAGAGACUGUGGAGGAAGAUACCACGUGUUCAAUAACCGUGAUAAAAAUAACCAGCAGCAGGUGAGAGAGCUGAUGGAAAAGAUCGAAAGAAUGGUGAAGAAAAACAGAGGCUGCUGCUUCAGCAAUGAAAUGCUGGAAGAAGCUGAAGCAGCGAUUCAAAAAGAAAUGGAGAAAAUCCUGAAAGAGAAAGAAGAAGAAAUCAGGAAAGAAAAGGAGGAGCUCACAAGAAAACAUGAAGAAGAAAUUCAAGAAAUGAAAAGAAAGAUGGAAGAAGAGAUGAAAAAACUGCAACAGGAAAGUGAACUGAAGCUUAAAGAAAUGAGUGAAAAUAUUCAGAAAGAGCGCGAACAACAACAAAAAGAACAAGAAGAAAGAGAAAAGAAGAACAAGGAGAGAGAGGAGGAGGAAGAACGACAAAGAGAGGCUUUAAAAAAGCAAAUAGAAGAGUUGGAUAAAGAAAUGCAGUCAGCAAGAGAAGAAAAGAAAACCGAGCUGGAGAAAGAGAGAGAGGAGAAACAAAGAAAUCAAAAAGCCUGGGAGGAGGAACGCAGAGAAUGGUGGGAAAAACAGAAAGAAGAAGAAGAAAAGAGAAAGCAGGAAGAGCAGAAACGACUGAAGGAACUCGAGGAACAGUUAGAGAAGGAAAGACAAAUUCGUGAACAGAAAGUCAAGGAGGAGAUUCAGAUCAAGAAAGAACUGGAAGAAAAAGAAAAGAAACAUAAGGAAGAAUUGGAUAAUCUCCAGAAGAAGUUUGAGGAAGAAGCCAGAAAAAGAGCUGAAGAGAAGAAUGAAUUCAUGACAAAACAUGCAGCUCUGAAGGAAACAUACACGAGUCAACUGAAGGACAAAGAGGAGAAGUAUGACUUAUUACAGGCACUGAAAGAAACAAAGGAACAACAAAAAAGGGAAAAAUAUCAAGAAGAAAUCCAUGACUUAGUGAAGUCUGUGUCUAAAAACCCACAAAAUCUGCCUAAAAUCAAAGAUCUGCUGACAAAACACGAAGAAGAAAUGAAAAAUGCUAACCCUCAGGAAAAAGAAAACCUACAGAAAAAACAUGAACAUGAAAUAAGUAAUAUGAUACAAAAACUUCUCACUGAAGUUGAAGAAAAACCUCCCACUGUAAAUACAAAUAAAUCUAGGUGUGUUAUUUUAUGAAAUCCCAGCCGUGUUUUCCUGCACCUUCUAAAAUCGUUUUUCUACAGAAAAAUUAACCAUCUAUGGGGAGCCGUUUGUAAUGUGACAGUCAAAUAUUAACAGCAAUAUUUUGGGUUAUUUGGUUUUAGGGAAGAAGAAAAAUAGUCCUAUGCUAGCCACCGUAUGGCUGGCUAGCAUAGGACUGUCCUGCACUAUAGUGCUGUAGGGGUUAGACAGUAGAGAGGAAAUUCGGACACAACUUAUGUCUAAGUCUAAGUUAAGAAUUUAAUGAUCAGGCGACUAUAUAGUUAGUCAUUGAAUGCGAAAAAAAUGUUCUUAUUUUCUAUACAACUGCAGGGAGCGCUAAUCGAAAAAUGUGAGAUUAUUAGAACAGAACAGCCUACGAACAGCUUCUUCCUUCAGGAAGAAAUGUGUUUGGAUUGCAGAAGAUUUCUGCUCUCCAUGAGAAGAAACUUAAUGGACAAAAAGGUUUAGUUUGUUCAAGAACAGAAAGUUUAAACUCUGGAUUAACAGUUUCUUAACUUGGUAAGAAAUGAUUAAACUUUAAAGGUCCGACAUAUUUGUUAAAAACAUAUUUUAAUGGUUUAUUGUUGAAUUAUUUGCUCAUAGAUUCCUUUUGUGUUUCUGAAAUGACUGAUUUGUUUCCUUUAGAAUGGUUUUGAAAUCUUUGGAUUCUUAAAGUGUCUCUAACAUGUUUGAGGUUGUGGCUGCAGAGAUUAGCAUGUUCUCUGUGGGAGACACCACAGAAAAAACUGGAACAAGAGACACACAAAACAUGGUGCAGAUACGUUCAUUUAAACCAGUAUUAAAAAAGUGGAAUAAAAAUACACAGAUCUUUUGGAAAAUGUUCUGCUUUUGCUUUGUUUGGUUUUAGUCACAUGGCAUAUUAAACUUUUUAAACUAGCUUUAUUGCAAAAUCAUAAUUAUAUGCAUCUUUAAAAAUAUGGAAAUUUUUAUUUUUAUUUUUUACUUUUACUGAAUAAGCUGUGGCUUCAUGUUUGUUUUUUGUUUUGGUCAAAUCUUUAACACGUGUAAUCAUUCUUUUCGGAGUGAAAAAAUAAAUGUAAUAAAAUAUCAAUGAAAAU